AUGGUGCCCAAGACGAGAGCCAAACAUGAGCAGGAGGUGGACCACCUUGCUGAGCCGCCCCCGGCUGCGAAUGCUCGAGAUACCCGUCUCAAUAGCGUCAAAUCGCAAUACAGGAGAAGUAUCAACCAGCCGACGCUGUCAUCUUCGUCCCAAGACACGGACGAGACUCUUGAGUGCUCCGCAUACUCCGCAAGUUCCUCGAGUAUAGGAGCAACCCCAGAGGCUCUCUCAAAGCAUCCCGGAGAAGUUGCCGCUGGGAAGCACGGCAGAGGACCCGAUGAAACUGCGCGUGAGCAAGUAGGAAAGGCCAAGAAACCGAAAAUCGAUCCUGCUUCCAAAGACCCAGACCAUUACCAACACCACAUUUCUGCUCUGGAGGGCAUUUUGGUUCGAAAGGACCGGGAGGUGAAAGAAGCCAAUGAUGGGGCGAAACGUUUUCAGCUUGAAGCGGAAUCUGCCAAGAAAGAGCUAGCGAAGCAGCAAGCAGAGUCCAAGAAGCUGGGUACUCAGCUGAAGAGAGCUCAAACGAUGGCGACGAAGCAGACAAACACGCCGAAGAAAGCCCAAAAGCUUGAGGAGCAACUGAUCGCAUUGCAAGAUCGGAAUUCGCGCCUGCAAUCAGAAAACCGGGAAUUGGAGAACAAAGUGCAGAAAGAGAGCGAAAAUGCCGAACACUGGCAGUCGCAACUCCAGGAGGUUCUCAACGAAAGAAAACCUGACUAUGGAGACCCCGACAAGGUGACCGAUGAUUGGAUUAUCUCUAGAUGGGGCUCUAUAAGCUUCACCAUCGAGAAGAUUGCUACUGCCUGCACGAGCAACCCCUUCAAAGAGCCUGAGGUAGUUAUGACCAGGCGCCCGAUCGACCUGCUCAUCCAAGAAUGCAAGCAGUCACCGCGCCUGGCCAGCUUCUUGAUCCAACGCUUCAUCUGGUGGAUACUCUGCUACGAAGUUUUCCAGGCAAGGAACGGACUCUGGGGCGGAAGGAUUGGCGAGAUUUUCGUUCGCAUGAUUGGCCAAAUGCGAGACCUCGAGAAGGGCAACGAAACAAACCUCGAUCUCGUCAGCAAGAUGAAGUAUAAGACUGCCAAGGACAUCGACCUCGGCAUAGGCUUGAACCCCGAGGCCCUGACGAAGUUGAGCGCCACGUUCUUCGAUCAUUUUUCGAAUUUCGCCCCAACUCCGUUUCAUGAGGAAUUGCGGGACAGGAUCCUCCCGACUUUGUUUCGCGAGGCCUGCGAGCUCAUGGUCAUCAUCACGAGGUCCAGGGCAAUCUUCACCAUUGACGCGACUUGCUUGUAUCGGCAUGAGGGCCCCCGCCCUUUUGAUCCCGAAGUCAUGCAAGUCCAUUUUUGCGAUGACUCGUUGAGUGGAUCGUCCGAGGAUCUAGAGGUUGACCUCUUGAUGUCUCCAUCGCUGGAAAAGAUUGGCACGGCAGAUGGGGGCCGCUUUGAGUCCCGCCUUAUUCUUUGUAAGGCAAACGCGGCAACGCACCGAAAACCAGAGGCGCCUCGAUGA